AUGGAUCUCCUUGACGAAUUGAGCGACCUGCCCGCUGUGCGCAGGACUUUCAAGGCCUCAAGCAAGGAGACUGACUUCACGCAGUUCAGUAUAUUUCAAGAUGCCACCCAGGAAGUUUCUCAGUCCACGCAAGUGAUCGAGCAAGAGAAGACCAGCAGUUUUGGGCUACUGGGUAUUGACUCGGGGUUUAUUGGGGCGGUCAUGAAGCGACUGAAUGGUGAAAAGGAAGAGUCGACGGAGCAAGUUAAUGACAGCGAAGAUGAGGUUGCGCCAGAAAGCGAGCCCGAGGAACGCGAAAAAACACAGCAUACUCUCAUAUUUGAAAAGCCCAUUACCGAGGUCCCCACCACGCAGCAGGUGGAUGAAAUAUUGCGUGCUGAAAGUGAUGACGCUGAGGACCCCGAAGAGACACAGGAAUUUGUUCCUGACCGUCAGAUCAACCCUGAAGACGACAUCAUUGCUGCAAUACCAGACUACGACAAACUAAGUGUACAGGACAAGAUCCAGGCCCGUAUCAACGAGAAGCGGCGCCGAAGAGAGCUUGAGGAACAGCAGAAGGCGAUGUCUGUGCCUGUUGCAGUGCGCGAAGAGCGGAAAAAGCCCAUCAAUCCACUCGUUGAGGUGGUCAAGCAGAACGAGCUGAUUAAAAAAUCUACCUUUACGGUAAAGAAACAGAACGCGUCAAAAUUCGAUCCGAAAAAGCUGGUUGAAGAAUUCAUGGACUCAGACGAAGACACUUUCUCCCAAGCAGCCAGGGACACUCCCCAGACGUCGCCCAAGGCUGAUAUUCCGACCGAGGUGGCCGAACUGCAGAAGGGAGAAAUGGUGGAACUAGAAUCCGACUCCGACGACGAUCUUGCGCAGAUCAAGUUUGGCGCAUCCAAGAAGAGUGUUUUUGAGGUCCGUCGCAAACUUUCCAAGAAAGAGCGUCCUCCGCCGGUCACGCUGAAGAACCUGAUCAAGGAGGAAAAACGGCGUCAGAUGCAGGCACUGGGCCGAAAACAUGUGGAAGUCGUGAUGGAGGAUAAGGAGGACGAGAUCAUGAAGAUGAUGCAGAACGAGAUUGAGCGUAACAAGCGGCUGAGGGAGCGCGAACGGAGUGCCGCUGAGCGUCGGAAGCGCGAGAAGGAGAGGCUGCUAAGGGGUGAAAUCAGUGACGAUGAGAGUGAUUUGGAUUACGAUGGGGCAGAGGAGGAGGAGGAGGAAGUAGAAGAAGAAGGAGACGAAGAAGAAGAAAAAGAAGAAGAAGAAGAAGGAAAAGGAGAGAAUGAGGAAAAAAGAGAAAAAGGAAGCAGACGAGGACACUGA